AUGAAAUUUCUAAAAGUUCAGAAAGAAACCAUCAAUAGCACAGAGCUCAACAGUUGCCCCACGAUGAACAUUGCUGAUAUAGUACAAGACAAAGAGGAUACUCCAGUUGCCAAUGGCUCACCAACAACAGAAUUGUCAACCGCACCACAAAUCAAACAAGAAACAUCAUCACCACAACCACAGUCACGAUCACAACUACCUGAACCAGAAAUGAAAUUAGAAUCUAAUGGUACACCAAGAGGCACCACGCCCACUCCUCAACUACAAACUAAACAAGUGAAACAAGAGCCAAUAGUUCGUGACUCAAAUUUACCUCCAAUGCAUGAAAUUGUUGGUGGUUCUUCGGUACGAAGGUAUUUGAAUAAACAUUUGACACAACAUUUGUUGGAUGGUUUAAAAGAAGUUGGUCGGGUGAAACCAGAGGAUCCGUUGAAGUACCUUGGGGAGUUCUUAAUUACCAGGUCGAAUGAAGGAAAAGAGACGGCCAAAGAGGAUAGCUGA